ACACAACCCGAUAACCAUAAGAUCAACCGUCAUAGGGCUACAGACACUGCCAGCCAUGUCCUGCCUCUAAAACAAAAACACUGUUUUUAGCAUUUAAACGUACCCUGAGAGAUCACAUUUACUCUUUUUAGAAGUAUUAUUUUUUUAAGAGAUAACAGCGUCGUUUUUCUAAAGCACAAGAAGAAGAGAAGAUGUGUUCCCACGAGCAGAAGAUGAGCUGUGGCGUUCAGCUGAUGAGCGCGGCGCUGCUCGUGCUGCUGCUCUCGCUCUCCGGUUGCUCAAGCAUGGAUGUGCUGGUGUCCAGUAAAAUCAAUGCUCUCAAUGGAACAACUGUCAAAAUCCCCUGCACUUUCACGUCCUGCUAUAAGAUAGAUGCUACAAAGUUUUCCAUGAACUGGACCUACCAAAAAACAAUUAAUGACACAGAAGAAAUGUUUAUAAAAUAUGAUAAGAAAAAAGGAAUGGUGCCUCUGCGCUCAGACUUCUUCGGAGACAGGGUCAAGUUUGCUGGGCUCCUGGAGAAGAAUGAUCUGUCAAUCACCCUGUCAGAUGUCCAGCUGGAGGAUGAGGGGUUUUACACCUGCUAUGUGAUAAACCCUCCAGACCGCAUCCACGGACGUGGUGUCAUAGAACUUAUAGUUGUUACAGAACUUCCCCCUCCCAGAGAUUCAACCAUCGCAGUUGCAAUUGGAGCAUCAGUGGGCGGAGCGUUAGCUCUGCUGAUCCUUUCCAUGGUAGUAGUGAAAUGUCUCCGUCGACACCAGAAGCCAGAACUGAUUUCAGAGGAGAAGAUGGAGGAGGAGGGAAAGCUGGACGCUGAAGGUGUUGCAGAGGAGGGAACCAAACAACCAUAGCUGGGUCAUGUGAUUGUGGAGCCCUCACCCAAACACCUCACCUGACAUGCCCACCCCCUUCCUGGAGAUCUAUCGUAACCACAGCUUGAAUCAACACGCACCGAAACUUCCAUCCAUUCUGCAUGUGCGUGUGAGUGUGUCAGUGUACCGAAUGUUUCUAUGUAUGUGUGGGUGUUUCUAUAUGUCUGUAUGAGGUGUGUUGUUUUUUUCUUGAAAUAAGCCAGGGAACCUUGUUCUGCAACCCAACCAUUAAAUACAUUAUGUAUUGAAAACUGAAAUAACAAUGAAAAUUUUAUUAAAUUAUUUCUUAUGGUGAAAAUGGCAUUGUCAUAGCAAACUAGGGCUGGGCAAUAUGACCCCAAAUUUCUAUAACACUAUAGUUUGAUCAUGGAAGAAACCUGAAUAAAUACAGAAUUUAAUAAUAAAUAUUAAAUCUUCAGCUGCAUAUAGUUUCUUUUUUUAAUGAAGUCACUAAUAAUAAAGUUAACGGUAACUAUGAGGGCAAAUUUUCAAACUAACAUUCUGUUAGGCAGAAGCUUAUUUCACACUAUAUAUAACACUCUGUCUGAACACCUUUUUUAUGACCUUCAAUUGUGCUGAUUCCUCCUGUGUUGUACAUUUAUUGCAGUCUACUUAUGGGGUUUCGUUAAAAUUGCUAUUGUCAGUUGUCAUUGGCAACAUACUGUAUGAUAGCAGGUCCCUCCGAGAUUGUGGACAGCUUUCUGCUAGGACCUCUCUAUAGAACCAAGUCGAGCAUUAACGCAAUAGCACAUCGCUUUGGUCACAUAUGAGCUGUAUUGCAUGGCUAAUUUUAGAAAAACAUUGAGAGUGAACCACUGUAGGCAAAGUGUAAUGUAUGUUGGAAGCUAAUUAGCUGCAUGUCAGGUUUUACAUCAAAUCUAACCUAACAUUUUGCGGAGCACAGUAAAGAUCUGAAAACUGGAACAUAUAAUGAUUAUCCGGCAGGCUAUGAUGCUUAAGUGUGUCUUCAGUCAAUGAGAGAAGCACCUCACUACUAACUUCAAAAGCCAGGGACUGUCAGGUACAAUGCACUAUUCUUUUUGACAAUGAUGUCAUGUCAUACUUUCAUAGUUUCCUUUACAAAGGCCUAUUUCCACUGCAAACACAAUUUUUCAGACGUAACCAAGCUAUUUUGGUGCCUAGACCCAACAAAAUGGCGACCAUUUCAUCCCAUUAACUAAUUAUAUUUAUUAUUAUUAUUAAUAAGAUGAAGAUGGGACUCUCCAACUGUCACAGUUUGUAUGUUACUAACUGUUGGGGAUUGCAUCAUCUGGCCCACUGGCCUGGUUGGCUUUUGGGUUCAACUGCUCAACCAGCAGUUUAAUGGAAUGAUGAGUGUUUAUUUUACAACAUUGCCUUAAAUCCAUGUCUUUCAGCUUCCCGCAUGGGCACCAUGUCUUAACAUAAGUUGAUGCACUAAAAGUGCAUAUGUAAUGUACUUCCACCACUGGCUUUUCUUAUCUGAAAGGACAGUAAUUGUCAGUGACUUAACCAAAUCAUGUCUCAAUGUUGCCUACUCGUGUUCAAGCAUCGUAAACAUUCCUCAAACUUAUUUGAGGACUUUCUUCCCAGCUUACAUUUUACUUGUAAUAAUAUGAAGGGCACAGAUUUUGUCAAUCAUUAAAAAACAGUUCUUUCAAGUGUCGCCAAGCCAUGACAGUGGCUGUGUCCAAUCCAUAGAUUUUACAAUAUUGCCCUCCAGAAAGACUUUUUUCAAGAGAGAAACAGUAAAAUAUUUAACGUGUUCUGUACAUGGCAUGGAUUUAACAAGAGAACCAACAACAAUGAAGAUUGAUAGGAAUAACCAACAAUAAGCUAAGAAAAUGUCACACAUAGCCACUGAGACAGUAAGCCAGUGCUGACGAUACGAGGACCCUAAAACUGUAGCAGCUUAAUGAAAGUUAUAAUUUCAAUCAUCAUUCAAAUCAGUGCUUCUCCUAAAACAAGUCAACAUGUUUUCAUCUGCCUUUACUCCUUUAUUCACUUCUUAUGUUGUCAGCAAUGUGUCUUUUUUAAUGUAAAGAGAGAGUGGUAGACUCUGUUUUUUAUUGGUCAGUAAGUGAUGUAUUUUCAAUUGCUCUGGUAAAGAUGCAGGGAGUUGUAUUUUUUUUCUAACCACCUGAGCUGACUUUAAAGCCGAAAAUUAACUCUGUCAAAACCCUGUAUUUUUUCCCCUGAAUACAGGGGUAUGUUAGAUAGAAUUAAGUAAACAAAGGAAAGUGGCUAGUGUUGGUGUUGAGAUUUCUUAUCAGAGUUCUAUAUCUCUAUAAAACCAAAAAGCUAACACGUGAUCAGAACUAUAUGAUAAUGAAUAAAGCAAAGGUAGUUUUUGUUGAGUAAAUGGCUGUCAGACUCAAUCAAAAACAACCAGGAGUGACACAUGAGCUGCACCCAAAAUCACAAAGUCCCAGCUGGUGUCACCAGAAAAUUAAAAAUGCCCACACUGAAGACUUAAUUUUAACUAACAGUUGUCACUAGCAGGUAGAUUUUUUUCUUCGUUGGCCAAUGAAGCAUGUUCACUGUAUUAUGGUGCCAUGAAUGCAUGUCAAAUGGUACAGUAGCAUAUCAGAAAUAAAGAAAGUAACUUAUUUUCAUUUAUUUCACCACAAAAACUUGAGUCAAAGUAUGCUUACGUUUUUACUAUAUUAAGGUACUGGGUUGCACCAUUUUUCAGGAAUUAUUAUAAUUGGAUAUCAGUUGAUAUAUGCAUGUAUGUUUAUCGCUUGCAUCACUCUGAGGGGUAUGUGGACUCACUUUGAAAAGUGUUGUCUUUCCUCUAUAAAAUUGAAGAUAUAUAAUUUUAAAAAAGCCUUCAAAACACUUUUCUAAAAGUAUUUUUACUCAAACUUGAAAAGUUCUGUAUCAAGAUUUUAAAUAUAAUGAGGCAGUGAACCUCAUUGCACAAAGAUUCUUAGUGUGUAUUUUAAAACAGACAGAAUAUAUAUAUAUAUAAAUAUAUAUAUGUAGAAGAAAGUUAUUAGCUCUUAAAAGUUACACCAUAGAUCUGGGUCCAAAGUUAUGCCUUUACCUCAACAGUUGCGUUUAAAACUGUACAUACUGUUUUGCACAUUGACACAUUUAUACCAAUUGUGGUUUGAUCAUAGUGGAGAGCAUGUGAACGUAAUGGAACUGUGGAAAACAUAAAGCUCACUUUAUUACAAUGGUAUAUUAGAAUGUUGGGUUGUUGUAAUAGAAACAUGGCAUGGUGAUUGUAUGGUGAAAUGGAAAAUGUAUCUGUGGUGCAUUCUUUUUGUAUUUUCUUUUCUUCUUUUUCAAUAAAGCACCCUAAACGUAAGGAACAGAACUCUUUAUAGAAUACCUAAUCACUGUUUUAUUAUCAUUUUACAGGUUUCAGCAUGUGAGCAUUGUUAAUUUCAGAAUGUUCUAUGUUAUUUUACCCAUGUUGGUGUAGCUGUGUCAAAAACUGGUGUCUCUAUGGUACUUGUAAUGCAUCAGUCCGGUAAACUGUGUUAUUCAUUUCCAAGAGUGCGCUUAGUGCUUCCGAAUCUGGUAGCUUGGUCAAUCCUGGUUUCUGACAUUGCUAAACAAACCAACAGUAUACAAAUAAUUUGUUUUCUAUCAUUGUGGGUUAAUAACUGAGUGAUUUCCUUAACUAUCAAAAGCACAGCUUUGCUAUCAGAGUAAUAUUAUGUAUACAAUUGUGUGUUUCUAUGUGAUUAUCAAGACACCAGAUAGUCUGUCAUAGUGUGGAGAACAAUGUGACAGUGAUUAAAUGGUUGAUGGUUGAGAUUCUAGUUCUGUCACAGUUCCUUGUUCUUUGUGUGACCAUAUAUGUUAAAGAUUAUGAGUUUGGGUGCUUCACAAAUAAGGUGAUGCUACAGGUCAACAUUUGGGCAAAAGUUAAAUGCAGUUUUUUACCAAGAUGGUUUUGCUGGCAAUAUGAAGUCACAUACAUUCCAUUUUUUAUAGAUCUUAUAUCUCAAUCAGGAAUAAUCAAACACAUAGACUAUGAUGCUAAAACAAGUAACUGACAAUAUCAUUGUCAAUAUCAUCCAUCUCUGGCUAUGAGUUUGCCCUGAAUAGUUGCUCUUGUUUCACUUUAAAUGUUAGUGACACCAAACUAAUGCUUGCACUGUGCUGCCUCUUAACAAGCAGCUGUCAUUACAAUAUGUUUUUUGAAUAAAGAUUAUUUAGGAACAUGUCACA